UAAUUAUCUCAGUCCUAAGUUUGGAACUUCUAUAUAUUUUCAACCCUAAUUCCAUUCCAUACAGGUCCCAAACAUUUACGCGGUCUUAUCUAUAACUUAUCAAACCUCGUUCAUGAAUUAGUGGUAAUGUAUCGAUUUAAAUUAUAUUUAUCAUGGUCUUUCAAAAGUUCGAGUUGCAAUUUGUACUUAGUUGUUUUAUUUUCCUAUUAGAUCUGUAACAUGCUAAUUAUAAACUAAAAAGUGGUUAUAAUCCAAUUUAUUUCUGUGUUAAGCUGUAAUGUUUGCGGAUCCUUAGCUCAAUUUGUUUGUGAUUCUGUUUUGUAGAUAUCCAUUAUUAAAUAGGUGCAUCUUUUCAUCUACCAAUAUGCAGAUAUUUUAUAAAGCCAAUUUACCAAUAAGAGCUCUAAAGUUAAUUAGAAAAUAUAGUACUUCUGUAGCAAAAGAAAAUCCAUCACUUUCUAACUUCAAGUUUCCUACUGAUGAUUUUUCCAAUGUCAGUCCAAAAAUAUUAUCCUUGGUUGGGAAGAAUUUACACAAUAAAGAGUUUCAUCCAUUGUGUCUUAUGAAGAAAAGAAUUAUGCAGUACUUUUAUGCUGCUUACAGAGGUAGAACCGGAAAACCAAUUUUUUCAAUAUUUGAUGAUUUACAUCCAAUGGUGACUGUGGAACAAAAUUUUGAUUCUUUAUUAAUACCUAAAGACCAUGUUAGUAGAAAAAAAAGUGAUUGCUUCUAUUUUAACAAGAAUUAUAUGUUACGUGCACAUAUGACAGCCCAUCAAGUGGAACUUAUAAAAAUGGGAUUGGAUAACUUUUUGAUGUUUGGUGACGUGUAUCGAAGGGAUGAAAUAGAUUCUACCCAUUAUCCUGUUUUUCAUCAAUGCGAUGCUGUUCGCCUUUUUCAUAGAGAACAGCUUUUUGAUUUAAUUCAGACUGAAGUCUUUGAAAAAAAUCCUACGAUUGAAAGCAAAGUAAAACAGAAGGAACACUCUGUUAUAGCUUGCAGAGAAAUAGAGCAACAAUUAAAAGUAACUUUAGAAGGCCUUGCUAGGUGUAUCUUUGGCAACGAUAUUGAGUGCAGAUGGGUAGAUGCUUAUUUUCCUUUUACUCAUCCAUCUUGGGAACUUGAGAUUAAAAGAAAUGGUGACUGGUUGGAGGUUCUUGGUUGUGGUAUAAUAAGGCAUGCCAUUCUACAGCAAGCUGGUGCUGCUGAUAGUAUUGGUUGGGCUUUUGGUCUUGGACUUGAUAGGCUUGCAAUGAUCCAAUAUUCUAUCCCUGAUAUUAGGACAUUCUGGAUGGAAGAUCCUGGGUUCCUUAUUCAGUUCCACAACAAAUCUCCUAAAGAUAAAGUCACUUAUAAGCAAGUCAGUAUUUUUCCGUCAUGUAAAAAUGACAUUAGUUUUUGGAUAAAUGAUAACUUUGAAGAAAAUGACUUUCAUUCUCUUGUCAGAGAAAUAGGUGGCGACCUAAUAGAACAGGUUCAGCUGAUCGAUAAAUUCACUCACCCUAAGACUGGACGUAAAAGUCGAUGCUACACUAUUGUGUAUAGACAUCUUGAGAAAACUCUUACACAAGCUGAAGUAAAUGAAGUACAUAAAAAUAUAGAGCAAACCGCAGAAAAAGUUUUAGGUGUAAUUAUUCGUUGAAUUAGUUUCAAACUGUU